CGGAAAGUGAGACAGUAACAACGAGUGGAGUGCAUGUCAGUGGCGCAUUGUUUAAUGAGUAACAACUGUAACGCCGUCAUUCUACAAGCUUUACAACUUAAACUAUUUGUCCAAUCCAUCUUCGGACUAAUUCAAGAUGUUUGGCUUUCAUAAGCCGAAAAUGUACAGAAGCCUGGACGGCUGUUGUAUCUGCAGGGCGAAAUCCUCCAGCUCCCGCUUCACUGACAGCAAACGCUACGAGAAGGACUUUCAGAGCUGCUUUGGCCUGUGUGAGACUCGCUCAGGAGAAAUCUGCAAUGCUUGUGUCCUGCUCGUGAAACGCUGGAAGAAGUUGCCGGCAGGUUCUAAGAAGAACUGGAAUCAUGUAGUGGAUGCGCGAGGUGGACCGAGCCUGAAGACCACAGUCAAGUCCAAAAAGGCAAAGUCCAUCUCCAGGAGAGCCCGGCCCAGCCAGAUCAGCCGCGUCCAGAAAGAGCUGAAAAGACACAACUCAGAUGCCCACAGCACCACCUCCAGUGCAAGCCCAGCACAGUCACCGAGUUACAGCAACCAAUCAGAUGAAGGCUCUGACUCCGAGCUGACACCUGGCUCCUCCCGAUCUCCAGUCUUCUCCUUCUUAGAUCUCACCUAUUGGAAAAGACAAAAGGUUUGCUGUGGCAUCAUCUACAAAGGCCGCUUUGGAGAGGUCCUGAUCGACCCCCAUCUCUACAAACCCUGCUGCCAGAAGAAACAAGAGCAAGAGCAAGAGGAGGAGGAGGAAGAGGAGGAAGAGGAGGAGGAAGCUCACACCAGCCAGGAGAGCAGGAGGAGCCCGGCUCCCGAGACCUUCCCUUCCCCUCCACCGGUCAAAGAGGAAGAGGAGGAGGAAGACGAUGAGGAAGAGGAGUGGUAAGACCACUCGUGGGGUCAUACACAUACACACACACACACACAGGGAACUGAAGCAGCAUUGGAAGGAGGCCUUGGAGAGCUCAGGAUGUGACUUCCUCAGGCCCUCUGUAGAAUUCCGGUCAGAUUGCCUUCAAUUCAUGAGCAG